UUUGAAGAUCACUGGGAUAAAUUAGAGAUCAAACUUAACGAGUGGGUUAAAUCAUCACUCCCGGGCCUCGUUACGAGCAUUAUGCAAUCUCAUGUCACUAAAAUCGUCGACGACUAUAUCUCAUCGACUGAGUUUCAAGAUCUCUGGCUGAUAGUAUCAACUUCGAUGCCGCCGGUUUGGAAACUCAACUUGGCUCAUCGGCAAAAAAGUUAAACGAACUAAUUAAUUCAAAUCAAGCAAAGAUAGCCAAACUGGAUGAAGAGUUAACCAAACUUAAGAAUAAUCUAGCGCUGAAAGACAGAGCCAUAGUAGGUCUUGAAGAUGACAAUUAUAGACUAUCACAAGAAGUAGACGACUUGGAGCAAUACACAAGAAGAACCAAUGUUCGCAUCUAUGGCGUUGCUGAACAGCCAGAAGAGAACACUGAUAAUCUUGCAGUCGACUUCUUCAAAUCUGAACUCAACGUGGAUGUUGCUUCAAAUGACAUAAGUAGAUCUCAUCGUGUAGGCAAGAAAUCUGGCGCCAAACCAAGACUUAUCAUUGUGCGGCUUACUAAGCAUAAUACCAAAGUUGCGGUCAUGUCUCGCCGACGUGUGCUCAAGGAACAUAAACGUCCAUUCAACCUUCAAGAGGAUUUAACCAUCAAUCGCCGCGAAAUUCUCAAAUACUUAAACAAGGAUAUUGAAGAAGGCAUUGUCAGCAAAGUCUGGACUGUGGAUGGCGUAAUAUGUUUUCGGCCCUCUGGUGACAGCUCAGUCAUCGAACGCUGUACUUCUUUAGAGGAUUGUCAGGAGAUCAUAGCUAAGUAUUGCGAAUAG